AUGGGAACUUGUACUCAAACUAAUAAUAAAGUACUACAUUAAGAAAAAACCUUACAUAAAUUGGUUAUGUAUUUCUAUAAUGUUUCUAUGCAUUCACAUCCAGAUAUUGAUAGUCUCAUCAAUAUCAAAUUGGAUUCUUGUAAGAUUAUGCAAAGAGGAUUGAGUAAAACCUUAACAGAAGAAAUAGUGCUAUUCUUAAAUUCUUAUAAGAUCAGAACUCCGGAACAAGAUGAAUUACUCAAUCAUUUCAAUUAUGUUUACAAAUAAUCUUUAAAGAAGUUUAAUCAAUUUGAAACAAAUCUAGGCAAAGUGAUAUUAAUUGUAUUAUAUAUAAUAUAUAUAAGACAUCAAUAGAAGUGUUAUUAUGCUUUAAAUCACUUGAAAUGGGGGAUUUAACACCUGUUGAUGUUUGGUGGGUCUAAGAACAUUUUCAAAUUAGAUAUAGAUUAUUGAAUGAAUAAUAUAACAUAGAAUACGACCACUUUUUGGAUAUGAAUUUCUUAAUUAAGUUUCUCUAUCUUCUCAAAGAAUGUGUGAGAAUUGAACUAAAAAAGAAUAGCCUUGAAUUAAAUUAGUUUUUUCUCUCAGUUAGGCAUGACUAAUCAGAUAUUCAACAUACAUCUAGAACUGAAGAUAGCUAUAAAAAUUAAUAAAAAAGAUUAGAUACAAUUUGA